AUGCUCGAAGUAAUAGUUUUUAGUGACUGUGUUGAGGGCCGUUUGGCUCGUCUACUGUGGAGUUACGGGAAAUUCAAGAACGUUUCGUUAUCGCUUUCCCCGUCGAGGACGGAGACCAUUGUUAAGGAAGAUGGAGAAGUAUCUCUGAAGCAGUGGCCAAGUGUCCUUGAGGAUGCUAUAAAGGGUGCUCCCACUGAGGAGGUGCUUGUGCCUUCUACACAGAUUCAGAAGGAUACAAUGUAUUCGUGGAUAGAUUUUGCUUUUCAGCGUGAUUUUAGCAUCAACCAGAGAGCAAGUAUAGAGACACUAAAUGCGUACCUUGUGUCCCACACAUUCCUUGUCGGAUCUACAAUAACUUUGGCCGAUCUUGUUAUGUACGUCUCGACCCAUAGUUGGAUGAUGAAGUCGGAGGCUCAUGACCGCGCUGAAUUUACCAACGUUGUCAGGUGGUUCGAUCACGUGCAGCAUCUUCCGGGUAUCGUGAACAAUUUCAAAGAUCUACCGUUGGUUACCAUUGAGAAAGAUAUGGAUUUGGUUACGGCUGUAAUGGAGAAUAUGAGCGUAGCCACAGCAGCUGCCCCUCCCUCGGUUAAACCGACAAAAGGCGCUGCUGAUUCAGGAUCGAAGAAGCAGAAAUCACCGAAGCCGGUUGCUGAUGACAGGCCUAUCGCUGAUGUCAGCCGUUUGCACAUCAAGGUCGGUCAAGUAAUGUCAGUGGAGCGCCAUCCCGAGGCUGAUCGCCUUUACUGCCUAAAAAUAGACUUGGGGGAACCUGAUUUACGGGAAAUAUGUUCAGGACUGGUUGAUUACCUUAAACCGGAGCAGAUAAUGUCACAGUACGUAUGCGUACUUUCGAACAUGAAACCCAAAAGUUUGCGUGGAAAGACUUCCAACGGGAUGGUUUUGUGCGUUUCCAACGCCGAUCACACUGUUGUGGAGCUCCUCCACCCAGCGGAGGGCACCGCGGUGGGUGAGCGCGUUGUGGUCGAAGGCUGCGAAGGAGAGCCUGACGCGGUUUUAAGCACGAAGACUGGCAAGGACCCAUUUGUUGCGGUACAACCGGAAUUCAACUGUAAAGAUACUUUCGCAUAUUACAAGGAUCAGCGGUUUAUGACCAAAUGUGGCCCGUGUCGUUGCAUAUCAUUGAAAGAGGGCACAAUAUCGUGA